UCCGGCACGUAAACCUUAGCAAUAUGGAGACUCGUGGGAGAGGGCAGCGAGCCUGGAGGAAACCUGGCUGCUUUUAAAUAGUAAUAUCCAUUUCUUUUCUAGUUCUAUUCUAAAUUAAAAAAAACCACCGAGAGACAGCGGGGGGAAAAUGUGCUGGGGCUGACGUGCUCGGACGUGUCGCACCAUGUUCGCCGAGGCCAGUCUGUCCAUCUGGGGAUGGGGAGGUCUGGGGGUCCUGCUUUUCCUCAUCACAUUCGGACCCUUUGCCAUAUUUUAUUUGCCAUUUUAUAUAUUCUGUUUUCUCGGCGGGGGCUUCGCUGUCACGCUUUUAUUCGGGAAGACAAAUUCGGAAAAACACCUGGAGAAAUGUGAACACUCUUACCUGCCCCCUACCCCGACAGGCAUCACGAAGGUACGUGAUGAGACCGGAAGGAAAAAUAACAACACUUUAGAGGAGCUGAAGCAGGAGACGAAGGCCAUCAAAAUCGACCGGCGUCUGACGGGCUCUAACUUCAUCGACGAGCCUCUGCAACAGGUCAUUCAGUUUGCUCUGAGGGACUACAUCCAGUACUGGUAUUACACACUGAGCGAGGACGAGUCCUUCCUGCUGGAGAUCAGGCAGACGGUGCAGAACGCUCUUGUGCAGUUUUCCACACGGUCCAAAGAGGUGGACUGGCAGCCUUAUUUCACCACCAGGCUGGUGGACGACUUCGCCACUCAUCUCCGGGUUUUCAGAAAGGCCCAGGAGAGACUGAACGAGAGGGAGGACCCUAAACAACGUGAAGCUCCGGAUGAGCUCCUGGAUGCCUUUUUUGAGACCGAGGUGGAGAUGGAGAGGAAGAUCUGCAGAGAUGUAGUGUGCACCUCAAAUAAAGAUGAAGAAGGGUUCCUGCGAGAUCUGUGCGAGGUGCUGCUGUAUCUUUUACUACCUCCUGGAGACUUCCACAACAAGAACAUGAGAUACUUCCUCAGGGAAAUUUUGGCAAGAGGAGUCCUUCUGCCGCUCAUUAACCAGCUGAGUGAUCCUGAUUAUAUCAACCAGUUCAUCAUCUGGAUGAUCCGGGACUCCAGCUGCAACUACGAAGCCUUCAUGAAUAUCCUGAAACUGACCGACAAGCCAGCUGAACUAGAGGCUGUCAAAGACAAAGUACUGGAGGAGCUCCAGUACCUGCGCUCACUCGAUACCGCAGGAGAUGAAAUCAACAAUAUAAAGAAUCAGAUUAACAGUUUACUUUUUGUCAAAAAAGUCUGCGAAACAAGAAUACAAAGGCUACAGUCGGGGAAGGAAGUGGAUGCUAUGAAACUUGCAGCGAAUUUCGGCAGGCUGUGCAUAAUCCCGCUGGAUCAUAUCCUCGUGCACAACAUAGCGCUGCAGUUUUUUAUGGACUACAUGCAGCAGAUGGGGGGUCAGGCGGAUCUGUUCUUCUGGCUGACAGUGGAGGGAUACCGGGUCACAGCACAGCAGCAGCUCGAGGUUCUGCAGAGCUGGCAGAAGGACGGGAGGAAGCAGAGCGGUCAGACUAAGGGUCUUUUGAAGGCCGCUGCACUCGGUGUCUACGAGCAGUACCUCUCUGACAAGGCAUCUCCCAGAGUGCAAGUGGAUCGGGCCUGUGUGGAGAAACUGGCCGAGAAACUCAACAAAGAGGAUCCAACCCCAGAGAUUUUCGACGAUAUCCAGAGAAAGGUGUACGAUAUGAUGUUGAAGGACGAACGGUUCUACCCUUCGUUUAAGCAGCACCCCCUGUAUGUUCGCAUGCUGGCUGAGUUGGACAUGCUGAAGGAGCCGAGCUAUCGGGGAUCAGACGACGGCGACGCAGAGUCUUUUAAUGGAUCCCCAACUGGAAGCAUUAAUUUGUCUUUGGAUGACCUCACCAACGCCACCACAGACGAGUCAUUGCCGCUGCAUGCUUUUAUUUCCGAUACCGUCGAUGCUCCUCUAACCCACGUUCCCGUGCUAGGCGUGUGUAACGACCACGGGAAGACUUACGCCCUGUACGCCAUCACCGUCUUCCGGAAGAACCCUGACGGCAGUGAGGACAUCUGGAAGACCUACCGCCGCUACAGCGACUUCCACGACUUCCACAUGCGCAUCACCGAGCAGUUUGAGAACCUCAACUCGAUAUUAAAACUUCCUGGGAAGAAAACGUUCAACAACAUGGACAGGGAGUUCCUGGAGAGAAGGAAAAAGGAUCUGAAUGCGUAUUUGCAGCUGCUUCUGAAUCCAGAGAUGGUGAAAGCCUGCCCCAUGCUGAUUCCUUACGUCUACGAUUUCCUGGAGAACAAGGCGUACAACAAAGGCAAGGGCGACUUCGCACGGAAGAUGGACACGUUUGUGAACCCUCUGCGUAGCUCCAUGAGGAACGUGUCGAACGCGGUGAAGUCGCUCCCCGACAGUCUUGCCGAAGGAAUGACCAAAGUGUCGGACAACAUGGGGCGCAUGUCCGAGAGACUGGGUCAGGAUAUCAAACAGUCCAUAUUCAAGGUGCCGCCCUUAAUCCCAAAGUCAGACAUCGACCCUGAACAUUGCCGAGUGUCUGCUCAGCUGGAUGACAAUGUGGACGAUAACAUCCCCCUGCGUGUGAUGCUGCUGCUGAUGGAUGAGGUGUUUGACCUGAAGGAGAGGAAUCAGUGGCUUCGCAGGAACAUCAAGAACCUUCUACAGCAGCUCAUCAGAGCCACGUAUGGAGACACAAUCAACAGGAAAAUCGUGGAUCACGUGGACUUCAUGACGUCUCCAGAACAAGUAGCCGACUACGUCAAGAGGUUCAGAGAUUCCUACUGGCCGAACGGAAUCCUGGCGGAGACGCCGCCACGCCGAGACAAGAGCAUACGCAUGAGAACCAGAGUAGCAGCUAAGACUAACCUCCUGGGCAUCAUGCCAGACGAGCUGAAGCACAUCAUCGGGGCGGAAACGACACGCAAGGGCAUCCUCCGGGUCUUCGACAUGUUCCAGCACCAGCAGCUGAACCGCCGCCUGGUCUACGUGUUCCUGGAGGGCUUCCUGGAGACGAUGUUCCCUCAGUACAAGUUCCCCGAGCUGUUCGUCAAGCUGCACUCGCGCUCGCCCCGCGUCCGCACUUACACCCAGAAAGUCCGCACCUUACAGAAGAGGUGACGCAGAGGCUCGGGGCAGGAGGAAGCAGCAGGAAGCAGCGCUCCCACAAGGGAGAGGAAACCGGCCAAUGCUGAAGCUGGAGCUAGACACAGGGCUGGGGAUGUGUGUAUAGGCGUAUGUGUGAGAGUGUGUGUGUGCGUGCAUGUGAAUCACACACCCCAGCCCUCGCAGUCCUUCCUGUUGUACGAGAAGAAGCACCGCCUCCACACCGUAGCGUAGACGAUUUCUUUUAGCGUUGUGGAGCAUCACCACCAAGAUGCUGCGGUGCCUCAUCAGUACAGUCCAGCGUUUCAGUAUUUCUCUCUCGUUUUGUCCUUUUUUUAUUAUUGUUAUUAAUAAUGUUAUUAUUAUUUUCGGGGUAAAGUUGCAAUGUGGGACGAUUCCCAGCAGUGGAUAAAAAACAAACAAACAAAAAACUUUUAACAUUUUAGGCAUCCCAGGAGGGAAAUCCGACGUGAACCGCGGAUUUUUAAUCGCGAGAUCGUUUUUUUUUUUUUUUUUAGGGCCCGGGAGGCGGGCUUUUGGUGGCAUGGCGGCAGGUUUUUAAUGACCACGUCGAAAACACGUGAUCGAUUUGUGAACCAAAUACACGUCCAGCACCGACGGCUUUCUGAGGGAGGAACGGCGAAAUGUCCUACUGCGACUCAGACUGCGUUACUAGCAGGACCCUCAAACACACACACACACACACACAUACACACACACACACACACACAAGCGGACGCGUUUCAGCACCUUGCAGGACUCCGGCACUACGCGUUAAAGAAUGUAUCCGUCUCCUGUCUGUCUUUCACGUCCUUCAAGCUACCACACUGCACAUCCUGGACGUUUUAAACACUAGUAAACGCCGUAAACACACACACGUGUUGUAGCAUUUUAACGUCCGAGAAGGAAGCGCAUCCCGGCGCCAGUUUGGAAAUGAAUUCCAUACAACCGAAUGACACUUAAGCGUGCUGCCAACGCGCUUCCCCUCGAACACACGUUUCGGAAGAUCCCAAAUCCCAGUUUUAUUUUGUCGUCACUCUUUUGUGCAAUAUAUAUAUCUAUUUUCUUUUCUUUGCACGUGUGGAAAUGGUAAAAAAAAAAAUAUUUUCAGGUUUAAAGUAAUAAAAUAAUGCAAAAAUAUCCCAAAAAAAAAAAUCAAACCCCAUCCGAAUACAUUCCGUCGUUGUAAAUGACUCAGCUUAUGUUAGAGACUUGUUUUAUAAGUCUGUGGGUUUUUUUUCCCCUCUCCCCAUGACCAUAGUGCUUCUCUUUUCUUGCACAUCAAUUCAUGGCUUCAUACCUACUCUCCUAGGCUCCUCCAGACUCCUCUUAGAUCCUCCAGGCUUCUUUAGGAUGUCUCUGGGAUCCCCUACACUCCUUUAGGAUUGUCCAGGCUUCUCUGGAAUCCUCUAGGAUCCUUUUUACUCUUCUAGGACCCUCUAGGCUUCUUUAUGCUCCUCCAAGGCUCCUCUAGACUCCUUUUUGUUUUUCUACUAUCCUUUUUGCUCAGCUAUGAUCCUCCAGGACCCUCUAGACAUCUCUAGGCCCCUCUAGGGUCCUUUUUGUGCCUCUAGAAUCCUCCAGGCUCCUCUGAUCCUUUUUACUCUUAUAGGACCCUUUAAGCUUCUUUAUGCUCCUCUAGACUUAUUUUUGCUUAUCUAGGAUCCUCUCGACUUCAGUAGGCCUCUCUAGGAUCCUCGAGGCUCUUCUAGGCAUCUUUAUGCUCCUCCUUGCUCUUCGAUAAACCUUUUUGCUCAUCUGGGAUCCUUUAGAAUCUUCUAAGAUCCUCCAGGCUCCUUUAGGGUGUCUCUGGGAUCCCCUACGCUUCUCUAGGAUCCUCUAGGCACUACAGCAUGCAUGAGGUGGGGUUUGGAAAGCGCAAUCACGCGAUCUUCUCGGUCAGCACAGUAAGCCCUAAAGGGUUCGUCCGAGGUUUUUGAACGAAGUAGCACUUAAAUCGUACAGAUGAGGGUGAUGCAUUUUAUUUUAUUUAUAUUUCCCACAUACACACACACCAACCGGUCAUUCCUGAUUACAGUAAAAACCUCUGUUUUACGACCGGUUGAACUGAUGUUCGAACAAGUUAACACACUCCGAUUUCACCGAGAAAUCCCCAGAGUGAACGUUUCUCGGUAACGCAGCACAGCUCUCCUUUCCAGUCUCCGUAUGUAUCUCCAGAUGUAUGAAUGGAUAAUUAUGUACAUAUGCGUGUACAGUACGUGUCAACAGUGUGCCUAAACGUCCUGUCGAUUAUAUUUUCUUAUUUUUCUUUAACAAACAAACAAACAAACAAAAAAAUUAAUGAAGUGAAGAUGAAUGUUAUGGUCAAUCGACUAAAAAAAAAAAAAAAAAAAAAAAGACACUAAAUGGUUUCGAGUGUUUGCAUCCUGCUUCUGAGAUCCUUCUUUUUGAGCAGCAGAACUCAGUAUAACACUAAUAAAACUUUGACUAACUCACUGUGCAGUAAACGGUGUCAUUUCUCAUGAUUUGGAAUCCGUCUGAGGAAGUUCUCACCACCCCAGUUGUUUUUUUUUUUUUUAUGAGAAUAAAAAAAUAAUAAUAAACAGUUUGACUUUG